GGCUGAAGACCUCGGCGAAGUUCGUGGAGGCCAUGCUGGCGCGCAGCAAGCUGGAGGAGCAGGGGCUGGGCACCAAGGGGGGCACGCCACCACUGGCCGAGACGGGCUCGCCACUUCCCCCGGGGUCACACCGCGACGAGGACGUGACUGCCGACGCCUGGCGCGCACACAGGAAGCACGUGUUUGUGCUGAGCGAGGCGGGGAAGCCCAUCUACUCGCGCUACGGCAGCGAGGAGGCCCUCUCCUCCACCAUGGGCGUCAUGAUGGCGCUCGUCUCCUUCGUCCAGAGCGGCGACAACACCAUCCGCUCCGUCUACUCAGACCAGCACAUGGUGGUGUUCAUGCAGCAGGGUCCGCUGGUCCUGGUCUCUGUGUCCAGCAGCGGUCAGUCGGAGCAGCAGCUGCGUCAGGAGCUGCGCUACGUCUACAACCAGAUCGUGAGCAUGCUGACGCAGGCCAGCAUCGAGCGCAUCUUCCAGCACAAGAAGAACUACGACCUGCGGCGCCUGCUGGCCGGCUCCGAGAAGAUCCUGGACGCUCUGCUGGACCUGCUGGACCGCGAGCCGAGCUUCAUGCUGUCGGCGGUGCGCUGCGUGCCGCUGCCAUGCUCGCUGCGCGACUCCCUCGGCCAGACGCUGCAGAAGGCCAUCACACCCAACCUGGUCUUCUCCAUCCUCAUCGCCCACCAGCAGCUCGUCACCAUCGUGCAGGAGAAGACGGUGAUCGAGGACGCGCGCCUCGAGCCCUCCGACCUGCACCUGCUGCUCAACCUCGUCGGCGCCUCGUCCGCCUUCCAGGCCGGCGAGAUCUGGACGCCGAUCUGCCUGCCCUGCUUCAACCCCGACUGCUACUUCUACGCCUACAUCUCGUACCUGGACCCGCCGGACUGCACCGUGUGCCUGCUGCUGCUCUCCACCGACAAGGAGGCCUUCUACGCCGUGGCCGAGUGCAAGCGCAAGAUCGAGGAGGCCAUGCUGGCCCAGAAUGCACUGGCGGCCAUCGCCAAGGCCCACUCCUACAGCGUCAGCCAGGUCGGCGUCUCUGACCUCCGACACUUCAUGUACAAGCCGUUCGACGUGCCCGACAACCACCGUCAACUCACGCAGUUCACAAGGUGCCCCAGAGAUGGAGUGCCCAUUACAAUCUCUGGGGCAGAAGCGGGGCGUCUGUUGGAUCUGUACCGGGACCUGCACAGCCGCAUCCACAGCUCCUCACGGCCUCUCAAACUCAUAUACCACGUGGCAGAGAGAGAGACGCUGCUCGCCUGGGUGACUAGUAAGUUUGAGCUGUACACCUGCUUCAGUCCCCUGGUGACGAAGGCGUCGGCCAUCAACGCCAUCACCAAGCUGCUGCGCUGGAUCAAGAAGGAGGAGGAUCGCCUCUUCAUCCGUUACCCGCCCAAGUACUCGACCACCCCCAACCCCAGCCGCAGCGCACGCAAGGCCGCCGCCGACCAGCACGACACCACCGACAACGGCUUCCUCUCGCUACUCUAGCGCCCCCUAGUGGACCGAGCCGGACUGGUCCGGACUGAGGCGGGUCGCCUGUUGGGGGCUGGGCGCCGUCAUGUCUUCCUGAGCCUCUGUGCUCCGACCGCUGAGUCUUACUGACACCUGAGUCAGACCUCUCAGGUGGACCCUAGUGACCUACAGCUCGCUCUCUGUCAAUUCUCCCUCUCUCUCUCUCUCUCUCUCAAUUCUCUCUAUCUCUCUCUCUCUCAAUUCUCCCUAUCUCUCUUUAUCUCUCUCUCUCUCAAUUCUCC